GUAAUGCAAGUGGGUUCGGGAUGGAUGGACGGUUCCUGGGCAGUGGACGGUUUGAGAGAGGACUGGAUAUAAGCUGAGAUCAUGUCCUUUCCAGCCCGUCUGUGGCCUGCCUGAGGUGGAUGCGAGAGUCCAAGUUUGAAUGCGUGCUGUGUCCAGUGUAAGUGUGAACCUUGCUGCACCUUGGAGCAGUCCCAAAGCAUCCUCAAGGCUGAUGCCAUCUCAUAUCACAGUAUGGAGCAGACAAAAUCCUUGUGAUCUAAAACGGCUCAAAAAAAAGUUAUCAAAUGCUGUUUUCCUACCUAUGGGACCAUUGCAUCAUUUGUGAGAUUGGGGUAAUCUUACAAAAGUGAUGUCUGUUUCCACUGAUGUCUCUGACAGGUCUCACUCUGUUAGGCGCUGCCAGAAACCAGUAGGAACAGAUCUUUUAGAAAGACUUCCACAUUCAUAUUGUUUCAAUAAUCCAGUUCUCCAAGACAUGUUUUUUAUGUUCCUUUUGUUGUGUAUAGAGUGGAAAGUGGUACCGGUUAGCACUGGAUGGGGAGCAGGAAGAAAUGUUCCUCGCUGAAACACUCGCUCAUGAAAGAGGGAGGCAUGAGACUGAAUUACAACUUCGGAGUUUGCAGUGGUGAAUUAGUUUUUCACCACCCUCUGAUGGGGAAAAAGCCAAGAGGAGGUCAGCAACUGCAUUUUAUUGAACUUUCUAUAAUGUAGCCCGCAGUAAGGAAGAGUAAGAACUGUAAAAGUGCCUUGUUAGGUGUUUUACACGGGGCUAGCAAAUCACCAAACCAGGCUAUGGGGCUACCUGGCGUAAGGAGUAGCGGCUUUAGGUCUGCACACCGUAUAGAACUUUAGGACAGCCCAGAUUCAAAGUGUCAAUAAAUAGGAAGAGUGCAGAGAUAAGCAACAGAGCUCCCAAUCUGCAGAGGCAACAAGUGCGUCCGGAUUUUUUUUCAUGUGAAGAUUGUCCAGUUUUGUUUCCCUUCGCUGGGAGAAAAUGCUUCACUGUAAGGACACAAGAAGGUGGGAAAGGAGGGAAGAUGCUGUCCACCCAGCUUCACACAUGGCCUGGAGCAAGUCCUUUGCCUGCAGGACCUGCUUCUCCUUCACUGUACUGUGGGAUGAGCAAUGCUCGUCUGUCCUGAAGGAUUAUUGUGGGAUUGGCAUUUUUAAGAUAGAGAGCUGAAGGCAGAGGGUAAAGAGCUGCCUGUGUUCAGAGGUUAGAUGAAGAGGAUGGAAGAGAGGGAUGAAGAGGAAAUCUAAAGAGAAAUUUCAUGAUUGAUGCAGAAUAAUAAAGCAGAUAUGGGAUUCCCAGGUGCUGGGAAAUUAUUGCGGGCAGAAGGAUCUGAGCUCAGCUGUGGAAGAGAAGCAAACCUGCCCCGCCGCGCUCGACGGGAAGCCGGCAAGCCUGUACCUUUGUGAGUUGUGUUUGGACUUUGCCUUUUGCAGACAUAAAUUCCAGUUUUUGUGGAGAGCUGGGGGUGGAGGGGAAGAUUGUGCAAAGUGCAGCAAAAACCCUGACAUCAUUUACUCUGAAUAAAUAUAAUGCGAUAAUGUGAGCAUUCUAAUAAAGGUGUCUCAGUGGCUUUCCAGAGAGGCAAGCUCCAUCAAAAUAUGGCUGCCUUCACACCUCUUUUCAUCUGUGGGGUGUGCGCGUUGCUUUUAUCAGCUGCGCUCUAUGUUUUAAAACUUUUUAAGCAAUCAGCUUUAAAUAUGCCUCCUGGUCCGUUUCCUCUUCCAAUCAUUGGCAACCUGCAUUUGCUGGACAUCAGAAGGCAAGACAAGUCGCUAAUGAAGAUUUCAGAGAAAUACGGCCCCGUGUUCACUGUCCAUUUAGGGUUUCAGAAGGUGGUGGUGCUGACUGGCUACGAGGCAGUAAAGGAUGCCCUUCUGAACACGGCAGAUGAGUUUGUGGACAGACCAGCUAUACCAAUAUUCUACCACAUCCAACACGGAAACGGUGUGUUCUUUUCUUCUCAAGAGCUCUGGAAGACAACGCGGCGGUUCACCAUAGCCACCAUGCGGGAUCUUGGCAUGGGGAAGAGUCUUGGAGAAGAAAGAAUGCUUGAGGAGCUUCACUUUCUCACUGAGUUGAUCAAAUCCUUCAACGGUGGACCUUUCCAAUUACGAUUUUUGAACAUGGCCCCCACCAACAUCACCUUUGCUAUUCUUUUUGGGAGAAGGUUUGAUUAUGAAGACCCAACGUUUCUCACUCUGUUAAGACUCAUAGAUGAAGUUAUGCACCUUCUGGGCUCUCCAUUCUUGCAUUUAUUUAAUUUCUAUCCAUUCCUUGGAUUCCUCCUCAAACCUCACAAGCUGAUACUGAAAAAAGUAGAAGAGGUGUGUGUGAUCUUAAGGAAGUGCAUCAAGGAAAGCAAAGAAAGUAUUAAUGAAAACAACCUGACGAGCUACAUUGAUGCACUGGUAUUCAAACAAGAGGAGCAAAAUAAAAGCAAUACGCUUUUUCACGAUGCAAAUGUUUUGGCCUCUGCACUUGACCUGCUCAUGGCUGGCACUGAGACCACAUCCACGACAUUGCAAUGGGCCAUCCUGCUGCUGAUGAAGUACCCUGAGAUUCAAAAAAAGGUGCACACAGAGAUUGAGCGAGUUCUUGGCCCUCGUUCCUUGCCUACCUUUGAGGACCGGAAAAACAUGCCAUUUACCAACGCGGUGAUCCACGAGGUGCAGCGAUUUGUCACCCUCCUGCCACAUGUUCCACGGUGCACCGCUGUUGACACCCACUUUAAAGGCUACUUCAUCCCUAAGGGAACAACAGUGAUUCCUCUGCUCACCUCCGUGCUGCUGGAUAAAACGCAAUGGGAGACGCCAGAUGAGUUCAACCCUAGCCAUUUCCUUGAUGCAGAUGGGAACUUCAUAAAGAAGAAAGCAUUCCUGCCCUUCUCCACAGGGCGGAGAAACUGCAUUGGAGAAAGUCUUGCCAUGAUGGAGCUCUUCAUCUUCUUCACAGGCUUGAUCCAGAAAUUUACUUUUAAGCCUCCACCUGGGGUCACAGAAUCUGAGCUGGACACGACUGCAGAGGCUGGAUUCACCAUGAGACCCCAUCCACAGUGUGCCUGCGCUGUGCUACGCCAAUAAGCCCAGGGCUCUGAACUGAGAAAAAUCCACAUAAUUGUCUUGUGUGGAGCCUAGCAGAUGCACAAAGGGGAAACCAGAUCCCUGUCCAGUAGAUACAAGUAGAGUUGUCUUACUCCAAACCUUGCCAGUGCUGGCUAUAUGCUUAAAAUAUCUGUUGAACAAAUAUUUUUUCUAAGAAGCAGAGGAAGACUGGUGGGUAAGGUUACCUAGAAAAUCCCAGCCAGAUACAUGACUGGAAAUGUCAGGACAAGUACUACUUUACACUUCAAAUACACAACAUAAGAAAGUUAUUCUAGUUUUGAGCUUCUGGGAGAAGGUGAUUCACAAGAGAGGAUCAUUUCUUCACUUGGAGAGCAAUAUUAGAUGCAAAUGUUGAUCAUCAUCUAAUCCCUGCUCUUUUCCCAUUCCCUACUGCACACAGGAUAAAUUAUUCCCAGAUACCUGCUUUUUCUGUGUCUGAUGGAUGUUCCUCCAACAUUUUGCAGACUUCUGGUUUUGAAUCCCAAAUGCUGAACCCUGGACUUUUUAGGUACCCCUUGCUCUGCAGGAUCUCAGCACAGUUCCUUGGGAGUCUUUGGCUCUUUCUGUGUACAGCUCUGCUAUGCCUGCACUGAUGUGGGGCUUAACAGCUCCCCCCAGCCAAGCGAAGACACUCACCCCGCUACAUUUUCCCAAGGGUAGCUCAGAUACAUAAGCACAACUUUUCAGAGCUCCAUGAACAAGCAAGCAUGCAAACGUUGCAAAGAUGUUUCUAAAAAGCUCUUUCCUUAAGCAGCACCGAGGCUGGGCAGAUCUGGGCAAAGUGACAGAAAACCUGUCCAUCUCCCCUUUCCUUCUCCCAGGUUUCUGUGAGAUUUGUCAGGACCCUAUCUUUUCCCAAUAUCCCCAUAUCUUCUCCUCCUCCUCUGAGAUGACUAGAGGUGGAGCCUCAUCACAUCCCCUCACCAGUGAAGGCAACAGGACUCCUUUACAGCAGCUGGCGUCUUCCUUGGUCUGAAACGCUGGGUGAAGGAGCUGAUAGCACUGCAAUGGGAGGUGGGUUGAGCCAUUGUCCCACAAAGUGUUUGAGCUGGUUAACUCAGGGAGGGAUCCUAGUCUGCUGUACGAUGGGGAGAAGACUCCUCCUGUUCCCUGCAUACUACCUGAUAUUCCAGGUUAAUGGUAAAUAAACAGUGCCUAUGUCUUUGCUCCCAGCCUUGCUCACAGGUGAAGGCAGUUGGACUAGGGGUGCAUAAAGCCUCAAGGCUUAGCUCUGCCCUCCUUAUCCAGCCCUAAUUUGUGGUUGGUAGGGCUUUUUACCCCAGUAAGGACUGCAGGGCCGGGCUGUCUGUGACUCAGAGGGAUCGUGGUGCCAUCUCGUGGCAAGAAGAAAAUAGAAAUUCUGUUCUGCACGAUGGUAUUGCUCUGGUCAGUGCGCAGAAGGGCUGCAGAUACAAGGCAGCGCUCCUUUUACAAAUCUUUACAGAUGCUGCAGUCCUUUACCUGAUCAUUGCCCCUCUGAGAGCAGGAGCACCUGGUCCCAGCAUCACGCAGCGCUAGGGAUGGCAGGCUGGGCUACGGGACGUGCCGCCCAGCCAGCUGCAUGUGGCAUGAGCCACAGACACAGCGUGAGUUGGAUUUGUUCAGAUCUUACCUUAAAAAUCAAGCCACCUGUCCUGCCCCAAGAUGUUUGCUUUCAAUUCAGGUCACUCUGUUGCAAGGCACAAACAUGUUUUGCAGCUAGAGGGAAGACCCUCAGGGCCACUGAGGAGUACGGGAAAUGGUAUUUCCACCCCUGAGAGCCAAUGAUUUCUGUGAGAUUAAUCUGUAGCUGAGUCAUAAUCAAUGUUCUGCCACCGUUUGGCUGAACAAAUAAAUGGGAGGCAGGCACUUUCUUUUGCGGAGAUA